AUGAACAACCCUCAAACAUGGAAGCAAAUUGCUUCUCGAAAAGAGUAUUUACGAAAUGAAAUGCUGAAACCCUACAUGGUCUCCGAUGUGGAUCAACGGCUACCCCAGGUCCACAGUGUCCAGGAACGUUCCCGUCCUAGGUUGACUCCAGGAGGCUCGACAGGGGGCGAAGCGGCUCUAUUAGCAUUGCAUGGCACCCUCUUGGGGUUUGGGACAGAUAUCGGCGGAAGCACCCGGAUUCCGCAAAGCAUUGUGGACUUAUACGGCCUCAAACCCACGAUCAGCAGAUUACCAUACCUAGGGGUCCCUGUCUCAACUGAAGGACAAGAGCACGUCCCCUCUUCCAUCGGCCCCAUGGCCCGCGACUUAGCAUCUAUUGUCUAUGUUAGUCGGUCUGUUGCUAACGCUAAACCGUGGGAGUUGGACCCAAAGUGCACCCUUCUUCCGUGGAAUGAGGAUACGUUCCAGGAGAUACAAGGUCGGCCCAUAGUGGUCAGUUUGAUUCUAGAUGACGGGGUGGGUCACGAAGUUGUCAUCUGGGAUGCUUUAGACUACAUUGAAUAUAUCCAACUCAUGGAUCAGUAUUAUACUGUUGACGGCGGCGGGGAUAUCCGUCGUGACAUUGCUGCCGCCGGAGAGCCUUUCACACAAUUGGGAUCUUUAUGA